AUGGAAGAGAAAGAUGUAUGGUUUAGAUUUGUUGACCUUGGAACCGGUACGGCACAAAGUGGAGGGAGGAGAUUUUGCCCCCUCAUUGUUUCCUCUCCUUUCCUCCCUUCUGAAUCUACGCUGGAGCUGAAUCUUAAAUUUGCUUUGCUACUUCCUGAAUUUAUGCUGAAUGGUUGUGCUGUAUCAGGGAAAUCAGAGAUAGAUGAAUCAAGUACCAGGAAAAAAUAUUUCAUGGUUAUAUGGAUCAAUAUAGCUUUCAGUAGCAGGAAACGAAGAGAUUUUGUUCGUACAACUUGGAUGCCACGAGCAUGUAGUGGUGUUGGGGAGUUAUUAGGUGAGGUUGAUUCUCUUGUUUAUCAAGCUUGCAAGUAUAAUAAUGGAAAAUUCUACUGCCCGUGUGUUAAUUGUUUGAAUGAGAGAAAACUACCGACUGACGUUAUUCGGGAGCAUGUUCUUUGUGAUGGUUUCUUAAAGAGCUACACAAAGUGGAUAUGGCAUGGUGAAUUAAUAGACAUGCCAAGUGUAGAUGUGUCUGAAGCAAAAGAAGUUGAUUUAGAGAUGGAUGAUCGAAUGGAGGAAAUGAUUCGUGAUAUUGGACAUGAUUCCUUUCAACGUGCGAAUGCAAGAAAUGGGUGGACUGAUAAAAGCUUCACGGAAUUACAUGAGUUGUUGAGUGACAUGCUUCCUAAAGGUAACACGUUGCCAACACGCAAUUAUGAUGCGAAGAAGAUAUUGUGUCCGAUGGGUAUGGAGUAUCAAAAAAUUCAUGCAUGCCCAAAUGAUUGUGUUUUGUACAGGAAGGAGUUAGCCAUGUUACAUCAAUGUCCACGAUGUGGGGUGUCACGAUACAAACAAAAACAUAGUGAGUUUGAAUCUGAUAGUAAGGGUCCUCCGGCGAAAGUUUUGUGGUAUCUUCCUAUAGUUCCACGGUUGAAACAUUUAUUUAGCAAUGCAAAUGAUGCAAAACUCAUGAGAUGGCAUGUAGAUGGACGUACAACAGAUGACCAUUUGAGACAUCCAGCAGAUGGUUUGCAAUGGAAGAAAAUUGAUUCCAUGUUCCCAAAUUUCUCCAAUGAUUCAAGGAACAUUAGAUUUAGACUUGCUACAGAUGGAAUGAAUCCAUAUGGUAACUUGAGCAGUAAACAUAGUUCAUGGCCUGUUCUAUUAGUGAUUUACAAUUUACCUCCUUGGUUGUGCAUGAAACGCAAAUAUGUUAUGUUAUCCUUAAUGAUCUCGGGUCCAAGACAACCAGGAAACGACAUUGAUAUUUAUUUAACCCCAUUAGUUGAAGAUUUGAAGAUGUUAUGGGAGGAGGGUGUUGAUAUGUUUGAUGGGUACACUAGUGAUUCAUUCAAGUUGCAUGCCAUGUUAUUUUGUACAAUCAACGACUUUCCAGCGUAUGGUAAUUUAAGUGGAUAUAGCACUAAGGGUCACAAAGCAUGCCCUAUAUGUGAAGAAGGCACAUGUCACCAUCAACUGCAACAUGGAAGGAAAACAGUAUAUCUUGGACAUCGGAGAUUUCUUAGUACAAACCAUCCAUAUCAUAAAUUGAAGAAAGCAUUUAAUGGGUGUCAAGAAAAUGAAUUAGCUCCAAUGGUUUUAAGUGGGUCACAAGUAUAUGAGCGUGUGAAAGACAUUGGGGAUGUGUUUGGAAAGAUGAAAAAUAAAGGCACUUCAAGCAACAUAUGGAAGAAAAAGUCAAUUUUCUUUGAUCUCCCAUAUUGGAGGGUGCUUGAUGUGAGACAUUGUAUAGAUGUUAUGCAUGUAGAGAAAAAUGUGUGUGAUAGUAUUAUCGGAACACUCCUCAAUAUUCAAGGCAAGACGAAAGAUGGUCUAAAUGCUCGUUUGGACUUAGUUGAAAUGGGUAUAAGAGAACAAUUAGCUCCACAAUCACAUGGUAAGCGAACAUACUUGCCUCCAGCAUGUCACACAUUGUCUAAACAAGAGAAGAGAAGUUUUUGUGAGAUUUUACAAGGUGUGAAAGUUCCACUAGGUUACUCUUCUAAUUUUAAAAGACUUGUAUCCAUGAAAGAUCUAAAAUUACUUGGAUUAAAAUCUCAUGAUUGUCAUGUAUUGAUGCAACAACUUCUACCAGUGGCUAUUCGAGGCAUAUUGCCUAAGAAUGUUAGAUAUACCUUAACAAGAUUGUGCUUCUUUUUUAAUGCAAUAUGUAGUAAGGUUAUCGAUAUUGAGAAGUUGGAUCAGUUAGAAAAUGAGGCUGUACUCAUAUUGUGUCAGUUGGAGAUGUACUUUCCUCCAUCAUUCUUUGAUAUUAUGGUCCAUCUGAUUAUUCAUUUAGUCCGAGAAGUUAGAAUUUGUGGUCCAGUAUUCUUACGGUGGAUGUACCCUAUUGAGCGAUACAUGAAGAUAUUGAAAGGGUAUGUAAAGAACCAAUAUCGUCCAGAAGCAUCAAUUGUUGAAAGAUAUAUUGCAGAGGAAGCUAUUGAGUUCUGUACAGACUACUUAUCACAAGUUGAAGCUAUAGGGGUACCGAAGUCUCGUUACCAUGGAAGAGGUGCUAGUAAGGGUACUCGAAGUGCAAAAGUUAUAACUCUGAGUAGAGAUGAAGUUCUCCAAGCACAUUUAUAUAUAUUGAAUAACACUAAAGAAGUCAUCCCUUAUUUAAGUGCUCAUAAAGAUAUUGUGAAGAGAAAUAAUCCACGAAUGUCUCAAAAGUGGGUCAUUAAUGAGCACAACAAAACUUUUUUGAAGUGGUUCAAACAACAGGUUCAAAAUGACAAUACAACUUCUGAUACAUUAAAUUGGCUAGCAAGUGAGCCAAACUAUGAUGUCUUAUGCUGGAGUGGGUAUGAUAUAAACAAUUAUACAUUUCAUACAAAAGACGAAGAUGAAAAAAGCACCACACAGAAUAGUGGAGUAAUGGUUGUAGCUGAAUCAAUGCAUUUCUCAAGUUCAAAGGAUAAAUAUCCGAUUAUGGCCUCAAUGUGCUACUUUGGUGUAAUUGAAGAUAUUUGGGUAAUAGAUUACACAAGUUUUAGAGUACCUAUUUUUAAAUGUAAGUGGGUUGAUGGUAAUACUGGCGUGAAGACUGAUGAUCUAGGUUUUACCUUGGUUGACCUAGAAAAGGAAGGUUAUACUAAAGAGCCAUUCAUCAUGGCAUCUCAAGCAAAACAAGUGUUUUAUGUCACUGAUCCCGCUAACAAAAGAUGGUCAGUGGUUCUCCAAGGCAGAACCAUACAUUAUACUGAUUACAAUGAUGAAUUGAUACUUGAUAUUAGCGAAACUCCAUCCUUCUCAUCAAAUAUGCCGACCUUGAAUGUUGACAAUGAAGUAGAUGAUGUUCAUGCCGUACGUGAUGACCACAACGAAGGGUUGUGGGAGAACGUUCUAACUUGA